CGGUUCAUCCAAAAACGAAAUUCUCACGAUCCUAGAAUUAUGAAACUUCGUUCGACCUCCAAAUCUUUCAAACCCGAAUCCGAUUGUUGUUUUCUCCCCGUAAUCUCCAAUUAAUUUCUUCACCGAAUGGAGGAAAAUCAAGAUCACUCCAUCCGCAAUCACAAGCACAGCGGUUACUUGUGUGUUGUUCUCUCGAUUUCCCCUGCUAACACGCAUAAUCAGAGUGUCGACAAUGGCAUUCCCAAAACCCUAAAUGUCAACACUUCUUGUGACAUUUUUCGAGAUGGACCCGAUGUCGGUUUUGUCUCGUCAGACGGCUUUGUUAUGUCAUUGAUCAAUUCGAACUCCAUGAAUUCUACUGCUAUCCAUGAAGAAGAUACAGGGAAACCCCUGAAAUCUAAGAGCGAAAGGGGUGGUGGAUCAAUGUCAGUGUCGAAGAAGAAGUUGAGCAAGAUAGGGCUAGUGCAUGGUAGUGCGAGCGUGGUUCAUCAGCUUCACGCUUUGGUAAAUCACAAAUGUUUGAAGAUUGCUUCAAGAGUUGUUCGAAUUGCACGGAAAAAGGAAAAAGGGGAGAUGAGGGUUGUAGUGCUGGUUGAUGUUUAUUUGCCCAUUGCUUUGUGGUCCGGGUGGCAGUUUCCGAGAUCGAGGUCCACGGCGGGAGCUCUUUUCCGCCAUUUGAGUUGUGACUGGCAGGCCAGGGGCUCGAUGAUGGAUUGUAACAAACCUGAUUCCAUUGACGAUCACAUUUGGAAUGUUUCAGAUUGCCAUGUUCUUGGAUGCAACCAGCAUUGUAAUGCACCUGAUACUUCCCAAAAAAAACUGUUUGAACUCCACGAGAUAUUUAGGAGUCUGCCUAGUGUGUCAAUGCAGGGAGAUUCUGUCCAUUCCAAAGUAAAUCCCGCAGAUGAUGCUUGUACAUCUGGUUUUUGGCUGUUGCCGGAUGAUGUUUUGGUCAAUAUUUUAACUGCACUUGAUCCUCUUGAACUUCUUAGGGUUUCCUCAACUUGUCGGCAUCUAAGAUCAUUGGCAGCAACGAUAAUGCCAUCUAUGAAGCUUAAGCUUUUUCCUCAUCAGCAAUCGGCAGUUGAGUGGAUGUUAAAGCGGGAGCGGGAUCCUGAAGUUUUUCCGAAUCCUUUGUACUUGAAAUUUGCAACUGAAGACGGGUUUGCUUUCAAUGUAAGUACUGUUUCUGGAGAGGUUGUAACAGGUACCAUUCCUAUGAUUAAAGAUUUCCGUGGAGGUAUGUUCUGUGAUGAACCUGGCUUAGGUAAGACUAUUACGGCUCUGUCUCUGAUUCUGAAAACGCUAGGAACUCUUGCAGACCCACCAGAAGGGGUAGAAAUAAUCUGGUGUAAACAAAAUGGUGACCAGAAAUGUGGCUAUUAUGAGCUUGGUGGUGAUAGCAUGAACUGUGGUAGUGUGUUGGCCAGUAAAAAGAUUACUGGACGUACUAGUCGAAGAGGCCAAACAUUUCUGGACAAUGUUACUCCAGGAUGUCAAAAGGAGAACUCAAAAUGGAAUUCUUCUGAGACAGCCAAGACACCAAUGUUUGUGAAAUCUGCAGCAGCAGCAUGUACUGUUCAGUGCACCCGAAGCUGGACUAAAGUUAAGAGAAAUCUUCUGGAUGCAUAUGAAGGAGCAUCUUAUCCUUCUAGUGAGAGGAAGGUCGGGGAGACCUCAAAAAAGAGAAAACUGGCUGCAGUUGGUGCUGAAGAUGGUCUACCAUUUGUACUGUCACGAAACAUGAACAAGAGAACUAAGAAGGCCACUGUAGACUAUUUUGAACUAAAUGAAACUUGGGUCCAGUGUGAUGCUUGUCGCAAGUGGCGGAAGCUUGUGGAUUCACAUGUUACAGAUUCUUCCACUGCGUGGUUUUGUAGUAUGAACAGUGAUCCAUUUCAUCAGAGUUGCAGUGUCCCUGAAGAGUCAUGGGACAACUGUCAGUCAGUAACAUACUUGCCUGGAUUUUAUACCAAAGGAACUAGUGAAGGCAAAGAGGAAAACGUUUCAUUUUUUGCUAGUGUUCUCAAGGAGCACUAUGCAUUGAUUAAUUUUGAAACUAAAAAGGCUUUAAUUUGGUUGGCCAAACUAACAGAAGAUAAGCUUUUUAGAAUGGAGACAACUGGAUUAGUCCACCCCCUCACAGGAACUAAAGUUCUAUCUACAGGAGAAGUCCGUGGCUUUCACAAAAUCUUUCAAGCCUUUGGUUUAGUCAAGAGGUUAGAGCAGGGAACAAUGAGGUGGCACUACCCUAGAAAUUUAGUCAAUUUGGCUUUUGAUUUGGCUGCCCUCAGGAUUGCUCUCUGUGAGCCGCUUGAUUCUGUCAGGUUCUAUUUAUCCAGGGCAACUUUAAUUGUAGUUCCUGCAAAUCUAGUUGAUCAUUGGAAGAAUCAAAUACAAAAGCAUGUCAAAUCUGGUCAAUUGCGUGUGUAUGUAUGGGCUGAUCAUAAAAAGCCUUCCGUACAUAAUGUUGCCUGGGAUUAUGAUGUUGUCAUCACUACUUUCAGUCGUUUAAGUGCUGAAUGGAGCCCCAAAAAGAGAAGUGUCUUGAUGCAAGUUCAUUGGCUCCGGGUCAUGUUUGAUGAAGGGCACACCCUUGGCUCAAGUUUGAACUUGACAAACAAAUUACAAUUGUCUGUUUCAUUGACAGCUUCUAAUCGUUGGUUGUUAACUGGUACACCUACUUCCAAUACACCGAACAGUCAACUUUCAAAUCUCCAGCCCAUGCUUAAGUUCCUUCGUGAGGAAGCAUAUGGACAGGAUCAAACUUCAUGGGAAGCUGGCAUACUUAGGCCUUUUGAGGCAAAGAUGGAAGAGGGCCGGGCACGCCUGUUACAGUUACUCCGUAGGUGCAUGAUUAGUGCUAGGAAAAAAGAUUUACGAAUGAUUCCUCCCUGCAUUAAAAAGGUGACAUUUCUGAAUUUCAAUGAAGAGCAUGCAAGGAGUUACAAUGAAUUAGUAGUUACGGUACGUCGUAAUAUACUAAUGGCUGAUUGGAAUGAUCCUUCUCAUAUUGAGAGUUUGUUGAACCCAAAGCAAUGGAAGUUUCGAAGUACCACCAUCAGAAAUGUGAGGUUAUCUUGCUGUGUGGCUGGACAUAUAAAAGUAACAGAUGCUGGACAAGAUAUACAGGAAACAAUGGAUAUCUUGGUGGAAAAUGGUCUGGAUCCUCUUUCGGAGGAGUAUGCUUUUAUAAGAUAUAACAUUCUAUAUGGUGGAAAUUGUAUGAGAUGCGAAGAAUGGUGUCGUCUGCCCGUCAUAACGCCGUGUAGGCAUCUUUUGUGCCUGUCUUGCGUUGCUUUAAACAGUGAAAAAUGUACUUUCCCUGGUUGUGACAACUUAUAUGAGAUGCAGAGUCCCGAAACAUUAGCCCGUCCAGAAAAUCCCAAUCCAAAAUGGCCUGUUCCAAAAGAUUUGAUUGAAUUACAGCCCUCAUAUAAACAGGAUGACUGGAAUCCUGAUUGGCAAUCAACAUCUAGCAGUAAAGUUUCAUAUCUUGUGAAGAGGUUGAAAGAUUUGCUGGAAGCUAAGAAAAUAAUUGACAGCUGCAUCAACGAGGGCCAUGAUGGAAAAGAGAUUGAUGAAUUUUUUUCACCAUUCGGGAGAAGCAAGGCUUCUGCUAGAUCUAUCAAUGGGUUUCCAGAGAAAGUGCUAAUAUUUUCUCAGUUUCUUGAGCAUAUACAUGUCAUUGAACAGCAGUUGACAGUUGCUGGCAUUAAAUUCGUGGGAAUGUACAGUCCAAUGCAUUCUGUCAACAAGGUGAAAUCGCUGGCUACCUUCCAGUAUGAGGAAGAAUGUAUGGCUCUUCUGAUGGAUGGAAGUGCAGCACUUGGUCUUGAUCUGAGUUUUGUGACACAUGUCUUUCUAAUGGAGCCCAUUUGGGAUAAAAGCAUGGAGGAACAGGUGAUUAGUCGUGCUCACAGGAUGGGUGCUACACGCCCUAUCCAUGUAGAAACUUUGGCUAUGCAUGGUACAAUUGAAGAGCAGAUGCUGAAAUUCUUGCAGGAUACCGAUGAGUGUAGAAAAUUCUUGAAGGAAGAAUAUGUUCAUGAAGGUGCUCGAGCUCGACGUACAUUGCAUGAUUUUGCUGAGAGUAAUUAUUUGGCUCAACUGAGCUUUGUGCGGAAAAUUUCAAAAAAUAAGGAGCCCGAACAACAGUAAAUACCCCAACCCAUCCUUUUCUAUUGCUUAUUGGUGCGGUCAACCCUACCAAUGUUGAUAAAUAUUUUUCAAACUUAAUCUGUGAAGCUAUGCUGCAUCUGCUGUCUCUUGUAAAUACUAGUAAGUUCCAUAUAUAUAAUCUCAAUCCUCUUACUUAAUCCAUAAAAAACUUGCAGCAAUUUCAUUUUGGGAUUUUUCCCAUUUCAUCAUAUCUCCCUGUCCAUUCUUAUAUUUGGUUUGCAUUCUUCUCUUUUGUGCUUAAAUUGAGAAAAUCUUCUUGUCGCCAUGUGUUAUCUUAUUCGUUUAGUUCAAAAGGUCUAUGAGGUUUAAGCAAAACGUCUCAUACCAUUGAUGGAUCUGACAAAUUUUAGAACUUCCGGUCAACGGGGGUGAGCGUGUUCCUUGACAACAUCCAUGAGGAAUAGUUUGCAUGUCUUCUGUUGACUUUACCAGAUAGACGCAAUUUGAACACAUGUCAGUCAUUGUAGGGUUUGCCUGCCUGCUUGCUAACUUCAAGACCCCAUAGGAUUAGUCGGAUGCAUGGAAACCUGCUUGCUAACUUCAAGACCCCAUAGGAUUAGUCGGAUGCAUGGAAACAGGCUCAGACACCCACAAUUACCAAAAUCUAUAGUUACCACAUAUGGUUUUCUUCUUUAUAACAGCUAGAGGAUGUAUAUUUGCAUUAUAUGUUUUUGUUGUAUAUAGAAAUUGUGGCGAGUCUAUUGUCAAUAUAGAUAUUGAUGGUAACUUCUAGAUUUGUCUUGUAUACAUUUGUAAGCUAAUUGGAGUUGCCCUUGGUGGGUUUUUGAGAACUAAAAUAACGAUGUAAAAUCAUUUGA